AUAAAUGGCAAAAAUAUAGAAAAGCACUUGAGCAGUAUUAAAAACGAAUUAGGACUGUGUCCUCAAGAAAAUAUGGUUUUUCCAGAUUUGACUGUAUUUGAACAAAUAGAGUUCUUUGGCUUGUUGAAAGCUGAAAAUAAAACCAGAGACAAAGUUCGGGAGGAUAUUCGUGCUUUGCUUGCUAAAUUGAAACUUUCCGAGAAGAAAGAUUUUCUACCUAGCAAACUUUCUGGUGGUCAACAAAAAAGACUGUGCCUCGGAAUGGCUCUUAUUGGCGAUGCUAGU